AUGCUCUCCUACUUGCGUAGGCGUAGCAGGCUCAACUCAGUCGACGACUACGACGGCGAAACACUCGUGCAGCUGAUGACACUUGUCCGAGGCUUGCUGACCUCCCACGCACUACCUCUGGUAGAGCGUUCGCCUGCUCUCCUGUCGUUGUACCGCAAAGUACAGAUACGCAUUGCGGUACUCAUGAAAAUGGGUAUGCUGAGUAGAGACCGAUUCUAUAGACUAAGAGCGGCGGGACAUGUGGUGAGGUACGAUAAGGGUGUGCCCGCUAUAUCCAAGGCCUUGAGGAAGAUGCUGGAAACGACAGAGCGAUGCCCAGGAAACAAGAAGGAGCAACGAGCGUUUGAGAAAUAUUCGGUUCUAUACUACAAAUGGUGGCAUUCGGCAUUCCACACGCCGAGAUUCGAGGAGGACAUAGCAGAGCACGACAGGAGAGAUGCACCGUUGGAUAUUCUAGACGAGCUCCUGUGUGAUAUGUUGCUUCAUGUGGAGGCUCCGGCAAGCAGCAAGUUCAAGUCCAAGAAAAGCCAGCAGUCCGUCUAUGGGCCACGCCGAGCAUCACUGGAGAACUUCUCGGAUGUGGAGAGCGAGCAAGAGAAAGCCAACCACUACUCUGUACACACAGGGCAGAUACAGAAUGUCUUCGCCAAGAUGGCUAGUCGCCGGACUGAUCUGGCCUACGGACGCCCUGGGGCGGUGCAAGUGGUACAAACGCGGCCAAGUGCGCGGGAUGCGUUCCCGUUGGCGCUGUCAGCGGACCAGCACUCGCCCGGACUCCUUCACGACCAUAGGUCACCCACAGUCACCGUGGAGGGUGCAGAUUCGAGUGGCAGUGGUACGGGUGGUAGUAGUAGUAGUGCAUAUACCAGGAACAGUCAGAGGAGGCGGGCGAGUGACGAGAGCACGGGGAUGCUACGGAGAGCCAGUGACGAGGGCAAACGGUCCCUCUUGCAGGCCCAGGGCAACAGGAUCAUAUCCACUUCGCACUCGAAUGUGAGCCAGAAUGCGAAUACCAAUGCGAAUACCAAUGGCAAUGCGAUAAGCUUUGCAUCAAGGCCACAGCGGGCUAACAGCAUAGGCGCGAGGUCGGUAGACGAUUACGGGAAAAAAAUAAGGUCGUCCCAGGCAAACGGCGCGCAUGCACAACCGGGCGAUGCAUAUAAUAGAGAGCAAGCGCAAGGUGCUCCGGUGUUCAAGCGGUCGAGUAUUGGCGGGGAAACCAAAGACAAUCACCCCUCUUCCUCGUCAGUACGUCAAGCAGGAUUUCAUGGCAACGCCCAUUCGAGUGCAACACAGCCACAGACAGAAUCGGAACCAAACCUCCAACCGUCGAGGGAAGGUGCUGUAGCAACCAUGGGCUUUGCGAUGAGUGCGGCAAUGGGUAUGGGCAUCGAUGCCAUCGCCUUGUUGGCUAAGAAGUCUAUCCCGAUCCCUAGCAAACUGGGCAGUCCGAGCAAACAGUUGCAGAUUGGACCAGCCAACCCGCGGGGUUAUACACACGGGUAUCAGGAUCCGCAGAACGGACCUUCUGUGAAUGAUAUGCGUAUGGACCCUACCCGGGUGCCCACGGCGCAGGAGGGCUCUCGCAGCGACAGUACCAACACGAGCAACAAGAGUCUGGGGGUGUCGCAAUCUGUGGGCCUGACGAGUCUGACGGGUAAGUCGAGUGUGUACAGUCCCGAGGGUUCUGCCAGCAACAGCAACAGCUUGCAGCUCAAUGAAGGCACUACGAGCCAGAACAACAGCGGCAGCGUGUUGUAUGAGCGGGAUGCUGGCAGCGGCAGGGAGGAUGGCGGCGGAAGCCAGUCUAAGGCAAAGAAGAUCAUGACGGUGCUCAGGCAUUCCAGCAUGACCAGUGGGUUAGGGGUAAGCAGCAGCGACAAGAAGAAAGAGAAGGAGCGCGAAAGGGAACGGGGAGAGGAGGGAGAGAUGGGGUUCAAAACUGAUGCCCGAGCGAGUGUUUCGGUGGAGCAGCAACAGCCGAUAGUAGCGGCAAUGGGUGCUCAGGUGACGGGCAGAAGCGACAGUACGGUGGAUGGGAGUGUUGAUACAUCUAUAAACAGUCUAUUCUCAGGAAAUACGGGUGUGAAAUUGGGUGCCAACGAGGACAGCAACAAAUCUGGCAAGUACCACGGCAGCGAGCACCGCAAGAACCGCUGGAAAAACCGGGUCAUGCGGUCCUUGGCUAAGCGCAAGAGCGGCGAGAAGGAGCAGCAGAAACGGAACAUGGCACCUCGAGGGACUGUGUGGGGGCCCAGACCCGGGAUUUUGCUGACAACACCUCCGCCCGGGCCUGAGUCAACUGAGAAUGCACGUGCGGAUCAGGCGGGAAACGUGAAUAUGGUACAACGGGAGGUCAGCAAGCCUGUAGGUAGGCAGCCAAUUGUGAAGUUUGUGCGGAGGCGGUCGUCGCUAACGUGAGGUUAUGUGCGAUAGUAGAAAGAAAAAAGAAACAGGCGGGACGUAUGAGUGAAAGCGGGUAUGUAUGCGAAAUUGAGUUUCAUGGAACGGAUGAGUGAAAGAAUGAAAGCGAUUGGCAUAUGAGGGAACACGUACAACAUGCCAGAGAACUUGAGUUUCAUGACAUGAGAUUGAAAUCACAAUUUGGUAUCCUGCCCCCGUUCAUUACCGUGGUUGGUGAGCCCAUGUCUAUGGUGGUGUUAUUUACUCCGCCGGAUAGUGCAUUUGAAAAACUCGCUGAAGACAGGCUAACCAGAGUUGAUAGUAUUCGACAAGGGACUAGUUUCAUUUGUAGGGUCGCAACCAGGCGCAAGAGAACGUCACUGAAGACUGGCCAAUCAGUUGUUAGUAAAUGACGAGAGGCUGGUUUCAUUGGUAGGAUCGCAACCGGGCGCAAGAGACCGUCGCCGAAGACUGACCAAUCAGUUAUUAGUAAGUGACGAGAGGUUGGUUUCAUUGGUAGAAUCGCAACCGGGCGCAAGAGAACGUCGCUGAAGACUGGCCAAUCAGAGUUGGUAGUACUUGACAAGAGGCUCUUUUCAUUGGUAGGGCCACAAUCGAGCGCAAACUUCUCGAGGAAGCGCUGUUGCCAACCAAUUCAACCUGGAUUACUAUAGACUGAUCGCGGCUACGGUUACGUUCACGGUCGCAAUUUAAGUCCCAAUGCCACUGCCGUAGUACUCGCUGGGCGUUUGCCAAUGAUCGGUCAAACUUACCGCAACUGCGCCAGAGUUUGUUAGCAGCGGGAAUGCUUUCGAUGAGGGAAUCUCUGGCGCAGGGUACGUCCGUGUAGAUAUAGAGCCCGUGCAAUAACCACCUAUAGAGUUUAUCCAUGGCAGUGUCACUCUGUGUGUGCGACAGGGAAGUGCGCAACGAAAACCGAUACUAUCGUAGCUCUCGAAUGAAGUAGAAGUGUGCGACACUGUCGACGAUGAUAUGAAGCACCACCCAGGAACGCACAUCGCGAAAUGUACAUGGUUAUGUGUUUGUGUCAGGGUUCAGUUAUUAUGAAACGGAAAGUUGUUACCAUUAUUGGGAAAUUAAAAUUUUGCAUGAUAAGUGCGUUGGAAUCCCAAACCACCAAUAAGUUACAUAAGUAUGCAUUAAAAACAUCGGUUAAAUACCAAAUAAUCAAUAAAUUACAAAGGUGAAC